UCAAAAUGCAAGUGGAGCACUGCAAGGACUGAUUAUGCACAGGGUAUGAUCCUCGCAACACCGAGGAGAAGGAGGAUGCUGUCGAACGGCGUCUCGGCGAGGUCACAAAAGAAGAUAAAAUAAAGGUCAAGGCGAGGUACUGCUAUGGACCUUGUGCGGUCCACUCAAAAGAUCUGAGCAACAUCAUCAUGUCCCUCCAACGACUUUCACGGCCUGUUUGGGCGCCUCUCUUUCGACAAUCCCUCUUCCGCCUAAAGUCAUCGACGCCGAGUGAGAUCUUGCCUUCCCUCUGGCUCAUCGAGCGCCUCUUAUGGUUUUUCAUUCUAGCUACAGUUUGAGUCUGAGUCGCUCCUCCUAUACUAAACAGCAUAAACCUGAUGAGAAACUACGCAUCAAUUUUUUCAAAUCUUCUAAGUCUCGAAGAGCUCCGCCGAAGACCGUUGGAAUCCAGCACAACGACUGAAGUCAUCGACAGGACACUGAAAUCCUGCCAGAAAUUGAAGGACGUGGAGGAAGAGAUACGGAAGAAUGCUCGUACUUAUACUAUCUAUUGCUUGGGACAUCAUUACAUUUUGUUUAUAGUACUUAUACUAUCUAUUGCUUGGGACAUCAUUACAUUUUGUUUUAGUAGGUGGUCGUGGUCUUGUUCGUGAAGGCCAAGGCCUCAUCUUGAUGUUGCAGCACCUUGAUGUGACAAAUCCAAAGGAUCUAUCAUCAACAUAUAUAUCUCCUGCUGAUUCUACAACUUCAAGUACGAGUUAGUACACCCAAAAAUGUGUUCACUAUUCUCAGAAAACCGUACACGCGUGCGCAAUAAUCCGGUUGUAGGUGGAAGGGAUGGACGCGGUCGGGACGAUGGAAGCGGCAUAGCUACAAGUGGGACUGCGAUUUAUGCUCCCAUCACCGGCGGCCUUUUCAGCAUUCCUAUGAUCUUCUAUCAUGGGAUUUUUAUCCUGCCAACGAUCUAUUGCGCGCGCAAAACGUACCUCCAUUGGCGUGCGGUGCAAUCGCGAGGCGCCGCUACAGAGGAUGAAAUGGAGGAAUUGGAGAAGGAAAGGAAGGAACUGCAACAGAAAAAGAAGCAGAUUCUAGUCGAAUGGGCGCAAAUAUCAGAGAGUUGGACGGAUACUUUGCGCAUGGAGCUUCGAGAACCCGAGGAUAGAGGCGCAGGCGAGCGGAUGACUGAAUAUAACCGACCAGGAGAAUAUCAAGACGGAGCAAAGAAUAAGGAGGACAGCUUCACUACAACACCAAAUGGACAAGUUGUUAGUGGGAGUCACCAGCUCCCUGUUGGUAAAGUAUCUGAUUUGAAGAUGCAGGACAAGAACAAUAGAGAACAAGCACCGAAUCAUACUUGUACAGCUAACCAACAAGAGGCUACCGCUAGUACUAUCACCCAGUUGAACAACGUCGCUUCAUCGAAGAUAUAGAUGGGACAACUGUUUGCAGUUUGUGCUAAAUACAGUGACAUUCUGUACCACUUUGCAGAAGAGUACGAAGAAUUCAGUGUUACCAUUUUUUUCUGAUGCUGGACAAACAUUUUUCUAAAUAUCUAUUUUCUUACGAUUUUGAUAAGUGUGAAGUUUUUUGUUUCAAGCUAGCUUCUAAAUUUUGAAUUAAUUCAAUAUUUCAAAUUUAUAUUCAUAACACUAUUUCAGUUUCACUACACUUGAAUAGCUGCAGAACUGCAUUCAAAUUCAGCAGAAAUUCAAAUUGAAAACCUAAAUUUUUGAUUUUAUCUCCAAAAAUUCGAAUUCAUUUCCUGAGAACACCAAAAUAUUUUCAUCAUCUUUUUCAACAAAUUUUCGAGUAUUUUCACUUGCAUACUGGAUUAGAGUAAGGCAUUUUUCGAUUUGAGACGAUAGGAGACGAUACUUUGAGAAACUAUCAGAUCUGAUGUUCUAAAAAUCUUAGAAGUCUGGUAGAAGUCAAAAAUUUUGAUGAAGUAGAUCAAAUUUGGGUUUAGUG